UAGAAGAAGCUCUAUUCCAUCUGCUGCGGGCCACUGCGUCGUAUUAAGAAUACAAAACGCGUCCUGAUUGGUUCGUUUCGCAAAGCGGUCGUCACAAGUCCACUUUAGCAGCCAAUCAUAAUUAGCAGUUACCGUAAUUACGCGGCAACGUGUAGUUCUCCCUUAGACCAUCUCAUUGUUCCGAAUCAGUAUGCUUGUAGUAGUAAUAGUACUAUGCAUAUCUCGAUGCCUGUUGCUUCAUUAAGCUUUCUGCACGCUGUCGUCUUCCCUUACCUCAACACACCAGGAGCAAUUUCCGAUCUGGACGGGAAUGUAAAUACAACGUGAGAGAAACACAUACUGUGUCGACCAGGCUCCCGAGAAAGAAGACACUGGUGAUCAUACAUGAACGCGGUAUACCGUCCCGACGACGCUCAUCCAUCUGAUACUAUAGUUUACUUCGUCAAUGUCCCCUUCGAGAGAGAAACUUUAUCAUUAUUAUUACAGACGAUAAAGAAAGCGGUGCAAAAUAAAUCUGUAUUUAACUCAUCUGAUUUUCGUGUUGUCGAAGUGAAGCUUGAUGCUUUCAUUUAGCCGUGAACACAGCUCGACUUGGUAGCUUAACUUGUGUGGAUCUAAUAGUGGACGUGGAUAGGAACACCAUCUCAAACGAAAAAAGAAAAGACUCACAUUCUGAAACAAGAUCAACCCAUAGACAUCAUCAUGAGUGUGUCUCUAUACAUUGAGAAAGUGAAGACGGGAUUCGGUAGUAGAUGGCAGUCGUUCUCCUUAACAGAAUGUAUCCGAGAUCUUCGAGCCUCCAGAAAACUCGUGCUCUUCAUCGUCUUCGUCGCCCUACUCCUAGAUAACAUGUUGACAACUGUAAUCGUGCCAAUUAUCCCUGACUACAUCUUCCAUCAAGAGAACCCAGGUUUAGAGCGUCAUCCUAAUCACUCGAUACCUAUCAAUUGUAGCCUCAUCACAACCCCCGUCCCAAGGGAAAUAUCAGGCGCCAACACAACGUCGGCUCCAGUCGUUUGUUUGAAUAGUUCGAUGUAUGCUGCCAACACGACAGCCGCAUCAGAAGAAAAACAGUACAACGAGAUACUUAGGCACGAGAGUGUCCGUAUAGGGCUGUUGUUUGCGUCGAAGUCCAUAGUUCAGCUGAUAACCAAUCCUUUGAUAGGCCCUCUCACUAACAGGAUAGGAUAUUCUCUCCCUAUGUUCACUGGAUUCCUCAUCAUGUUUGCUUCAACGUUAGUGUUUGCGUUUGGUGAGAGUUUUGCACUGCUCCUAGUAGCCCGUAUGAUCCAAGGUGUAGGGUCUUCAUGUUCAUCGGUAGCAGGUAUGGGUAUGCUAGCACAGCGCUUUCCCAAUGACGCUGAGAGAGGAGCAGCUAUGGGCUUCGCAUUGGCUGGUCUCGCUUUAGGAGUUUUAAUCGGGCCACCGUUCGGAGGGGUUAUGUACGAGUUCGUCGGGAAAACUUCUCCAUUCCUCAUUCUUGCUAUUCUAGCAUUAUUUGAUGGUCUUCUUCAGUUGUUGUUGCUGAACCCUGUCUGGACCAAAGAGGACAACAUGGAAGGGACUCCGAUCCUUAAACUCCUAAAGGAUCCCUAUGUACUCAUCGCAGCAGGUUGUAUAACAUUUGGUAACAUGGGCAUAGCCCUACUCGAGCCGUCCCUUCCUCUCUACAUGUUAGAUAAGAUGGAAGCAGAAAAAUGGCAACUUGGUGCUAUUUUCCUACCAGCCAGUGUGUCGUAUCUCAUCAGUACUAACAUCUUCGGAGUGCUAGGACAUAGAAUAGGGAGGUGGCUAGUGUCUAUGAUUGGUAUGAUCAUCGGUGGCAUCGCUAUGAUGCUGAUACCAUUGUCGCAAAAUGUACCCCAUCUUAUAGGACCCAAUUUCUUCGUCGGCUUUGGUGUAGGCAUGGUAGAUGCUUCCAUGAUGCCUAUCAUGGGCCAUCUAGUAGACAUACGUCACGUGUCUGUAUAUGGUAGUGUCUACGCCAUAGCCGACGUAGCUUUCUGCCUGGGGUUCGCUGUAGGUCCUUCAGUGAGUGGAUCGAUUGUUGAAUCUAUUGGAUUCCCUUGGUUGGUGAGAAUAGUAGCCAUAAUAGAUUUUAUGUACGCUCCUCUACUAUUAUUCCUAAGAGAUCCACCGGGCAAGGAGGAAAAUGAGGGUAUAUUGCUGCAAGAGCAACUUCCUGUAUCAUACACAGCAGAUCAACAGCGUGAUUAUCAAACCAUGGAUGGGCGGUAUGGAAGGAGAGACUCGUCCGGGGUUGAAUCCGUAGACUAGUUAUCGCAUCAUUAUCCUCAUUAUUAUAGUCAUCGUCAUUGUCGUCGUUCCCAUCGUCUUCUAAACCUGUACGAGAGAAUCAUUCACACGCGUUCAUGAGCACAAGAUGGCGUCCUUUCGAUUCAGAGUAUCGUAUCCCUCAAUUCCGAUUUAUACGGGAACAAAUCCCUCCCUACUUGCAGUGUCGUUUCAUUUGCCACUCGCCCGAACCCAAACCUAAUUUUUAAAAGAAAUUACUUAUACAAUUAUAGGAAACACAGUAUAAAGUGGUUCAGGCAUUCAUAUCAAUGAUAAUCGAAUAAGAAUAAUGGAUCAUCAGAAUGACUGCUUGUAUCAUCGAAGAUGGAUCUUUUGGCAUCAGCGAUUUGACUAGCGCCAUCUUGCGGAGUAAUCCUUUUUAUUUCAAGGAGACUCCUUUUCCAAUUAUGAGGAAAGAACAAUCUUAACUUACACUUUUUGCUGCUUUUUUUCGGACAUCUUGAGCUUCACUUUGAUAUGAUUAUUAUACAAAUUAUUGAUGACUGUUACAAUAAUAUCAGUAUAGAACCUGUAGGAUAAUAGCCCUGACAAGUAUUGAUCACCUUGUAAGAGGAAACAGCUCUGUAUUUUUUUGACAGCAACAUUUCCCUACUUCCUUAAAUAAGUAUUUUUUGUUUUACCAAUAGCAUGGAAUUACUGCAUCGAACUCAUUUCUCACUAUCUGUGAUGUCUCUUAAAAAAUUAUUUUUGUUAAUCGCGUUAUGAAGCAUAAUUUUUUACUUACCUUCUACCAAAGAAUUGUUGAAGUUGAAAUUUGUUCAUGUUUUCCAAUAUUAUGUCUACUACGUCUAUUUCAAUAAAAUUGCUUCAUUUUAAUAGUCACCACUCGGGAAUACAACAUAACGUAUAGCUCAAUGCUAAGGAUCGGACUGUUUUGAGUGGUGUUAAUUGCUCUCUUUUAUGCUUACUUGAUGUUCGAAUGUUAGUCUUCAUGUGGUUAUAGGUGCUAUACCUCGGCGCUCCUGCGUAUUGUUUGAGGUUUGAUGGUUCUGGGAUAGUGGAAUCCAUUUCAAGCGGCAGAAGCUCUCAACCAUGCUCAAUGGUUCAUCAUGAACUAGAUUGGUUAUGACGAAUAGAAAAAUAUUUAAAAAAACCAAAACUAAAGAAAUGCAAGCUUUUCAUCGCAAAUACAUGUACUGAAAGGCAUAACUGAAAUUUGUACAUUAUGGUACCGCGCGUCGUGAAGACGUGUCGACACAAACUAAUAGUUCAUUAUUUCUCAAUUUUCAGCUAAAUAAUAUCUUGCUUCUUUUAUGAUUAAUUCUCAGUGUUAUCGUCAGAACUCAAAUCGACUUAAGGUCAUUGUUAAAGGAUGAUGUGGGAUGUAUAGAAAACGGUGUAUUGAAACGUCCAUGAAUUUCUUCAAUGUAUGCCAAUAUAUAAAGCAGCUGUUCAUAUUAAAUAAUCGUUAUUGUUGGUGAAUACUAUUCUUUUAUGAUCCUCUCUGCGCUGUACCGGAUAGUUUAAACAGUCGGGCGGUCGGGAGUAAACCCACCCAAUCCAGGAGUCUUAAAGACAGGUAUUUUACUGACAUCUCUACCACUGCUGUAAUGUAUUUUCAAUUUCGCCAUCUGUCGGUGAAGGCGUACAAUGAUAGAGUGAUUUCGGUUCCUUUACCCAAACAUAAUCACACGCCUGUCAUCAGUUGGUGAUGGCUAUCGACACACCCUGGCAUCGUGAGCAGCAGAUGGCAGUAUACCUAAUUAUGCAGAAGUGUCAGUAGGAUACCAUACCUUUAAAAGAGAUAUUCAAAGUAAAAAACUUUUAGUGUGAAUAACCUCAAAUUGAUCCGUGUGCUUUGAACAUGUGGGUUCUUGUAUGCCCGAUAAAUCAGUAAGAAAAGAUUAAUUCAUGUAUAGACCUUCUUGCACAAAAUAUAAGAAUAGUUUAAGAUGUUACAGUCAUAGCAACUUUCAUUUCUAACCUCUCUUUGAUUGAGCAGAAUGUAAUAUUAUUUUGAAAGAUAUUUUCAGUUCGUUUCAAAACGAAUCGGAAUGUUUUACAAAUAUGUACAUAGUUAGUUUACGUAUAUAUUCAAUAAUUCAUGUACAUGUAUGUUCUUUUUGAGAGUUUAUUGACAUUGUUGUAAAAAGAUUGAUAUGUAUACAUUCAUUAUUAAAAGAUGUCUCCAAAUUAACAUUAUCGUAUGUCACCGCCCACAAAAGUGGAAAUAAACGUAUUCGAUUCUCAGCACCUUA